GUAAGAGAGAGAGAGAGAACGAGAGGGGGUAAGACAGAGAGCUAGAGGGUAAGAGAGAGAGAGAGAGUAAGAAGGGACUGGAGUUUUAGUCUGAGAGCCACUUCAUCUCCAUAAUCGAAUUAUCCAAUUCUGCAGGAACGAUGCCCCGAGGUGACUUCAACGUGCAUUUUGCCAGCCGAGGCCGUGGCUCCUACAUCAGAGCAGAGGAGGCUGCUGGUAUUGCUUUACUGGCCAUCAUACUCACAGCUCUACUGAUACUGGGAUGCUGGUACUACCGCAGGAGGAACGGAUACAAAAUGAUCCGGAACUCCAGAGGCACCAGCCAGUCUUGGAGGGACAUCAUGAGAUCAGGGCAGUACAGCGAACCUGGAGCUGCAGCUGAAAACAAAGUGGCCCUUAAUGAGUUCAGCAACCUCCAACCAGCGCUGCCUAACGCCCCACCAGCCUAUGAGAAGAUUGCCGCUUCUGGACCACUUCCCCCACCUUACUCACCGUGAGGAACGUUCCUGGGUCUAGAGGGCUGUUAUGAGCCUCAUUCCAUUUUACAUGUCAAAAGCAAAAAGCUGAAGAAAUAUGGGACAAAUCCACCAUUGCUUGGCUUAGUGUCUACAUCUGUCUACUGUUGUGCCUUCUGGAUUAUAUUGCGUUAGGUGCUUCAAAGGUGCAAUAAGACUUUUUGUUAUGCUUCUCAGUCACAUAUUACUGAUGAAAUGUUAGUCAUGAGGGGGAUUAUACGGCUUCUUCUGUUUUGUCAGACAGGAAAGAAGCACAAUUACAUCACUCUUCAUUGUCAAUAUAAUGUUCUUUUGUUUAAGUGGAUAAUUACCCAUAUACAGUAACUUGCCAUUAAGGCUGAAUCCUUUAUUAUGCAGUGCAUCUUCUUAACUGUUGCUAUCUUAAAGUAAUACACAAUUUGUGAAUGCUGUUGAUACUUCAGACACUUUCCUAAACCUGGUUAAUAAAAUAUUAAAGCUAUAGGCAAAGUUCAGUUUCCAUAUUGUAGAGACGGUCAUGUUUGCCAAUUGUUUGGGAUGCAACACUGUUUUAUGAUCUUCAGAUUUAAUAAUCUGAAUUAAACUGUAUGUAUAAAAUGUACAA